AUGCCGACUUCGAUGCGGGCGAAACUUCUGGGAAUGUACCACGUCCACGGCCGUGCAAUUUGGCAUGAAGGUGACUGCUUCUACGCCUCGGGCCUGCGCAGAACGGGACGACUGCCCCACUCGUCACAGAAGUCAGGGACGCUGGCAGCGACCGAAAUUGUGGGUGUUCCAGGCGCCUUUUAUGCUCCAGGAAGCCGUUGGGUAGAAGUAAAUGACGCCUGCACCGAAUGUGUUUGUCUUGGCAACCGGUCAUAUACAUGUGCUCCACGACUAUGUACCAGAUUGUUUCUCUGUCCCAGUGGUCUGGUGCCCACGGCCCUGGCUGGUGAUUGCUGUCCAUCCUUAUGCACUCGGCCACGCCUGAGGGAACGCACCAGGUUCCUGCCAUCUGGACCAGCCUCACUGCCUCCGACCAAACCAAUGCUUUUCGCUCCCUGCUUAAUCGUCUCCGCCAGCCUUGACAGCAUUCUCUCUUAG